CAGAGGUGGAGGAAGCCGGAAGUGGAUCGGGCCCGGGUUGGUUCGGGCGUUGCGGGUUUGUGGCCUGGGAUCGCUCGGACCGUGGCAGCUGAGGAGCCCGUGACGGGACGGAGAGACGCCAUCCCGGCACGGAGGCCUGCUGACCGGCAGGCUCUGUGUGCUCGGCGGAGGUCGGCGGCGACCAGCAGCGACCGCGGAGCGACGGCGGGCGGCCCCGGGCAUGUACGCCCCCGGAGGCGCAGGGCUGCCUGGCGGGCGCCGGCGGAGGAACCCGGGAGGCAGCGCUCUGCCCAAGCAGCCGGAGCGUAGCCUGGCCUCGGCCCUGCCGGGUGCCCUGUCCAUCACCGCGCUGUGCACUGCCCUCGCCGAGCCUGCCUGGCUGCACAUCCACGGUGGCACCUGUUCCCGCCAGGAGCUGGGGGUCUCCGACGUGCUGGGCUCCGUGCACCCGGACCUGCUGAAAGAUUUCUGCAUGAAUCCCCAGACAGUCCUGCUCCUGCGGGUCAUCGCCGCCUUCUGCUUCCUGGGCAUCCUGUGUAGUCUCUCCGCCUUCCUUCUGGAUGUCUUCGGGCCCAAGCAUCCAGCCCUGAAGAUCACCCGUCGCUAUGCCUUCGCCCACAUCCUCACAGUCCUGCAGUGUGCCACCGUCAUCGGUUUUUCUUACUGGGCUUCUGAACUCAUCCUGGCCCAGCAGCAGCAACAUAAGAAGUACCACGGCUCCCAGGUUUAUGUCACCUUUGCUGUUAGCUUCUACCUGGUGGCAGGCGCGGGCGGGGCCUCAAUCCUGGCCACAGCAGCCAACCUCCUGCGCCACUACCCCACGGAGGAAGAGGAGCAGGCGCUGGAGCUGCUCUCGGAGAUGCAGGAGAACGAGCCCUACCCGGCAGAGUACGAGGUCAUCAACCAGUUCCAGCCGCCUCCGGCCUACACGCCCUAGCGCCAGCCGUGGGCCCUCCUCCUCGGCAGCCCUCCCCGCUCUGCAGCGCCCUCCACACCCAGAGGUGCUCCUUUCCCCAGCAGGCCUCACCGGGAGGAUCCUGACCGUCUUCACCAACCUUCCCCGGGAGGGACUCUGCCUUUAGCGUUGUUCAUGGAUCCCCGCUCUCAAAACCUGGGGUUCACUGGUUUUAGAUAAUGGCACUGUUUCCCUUCUUUCCACCCCCCUCUCGUUCCACAGUCACUCGUCAUUACCAACCAGGGAUGGUCGUACACGUUUUCCCCCUUCGUGGGCCCUAUCUCUGAGACUGAGACUUUCCUCGGGGAGCUGUUGACAGUGGACGGUCCCCGCUAGAAGAGGCGUCCACGGGGCCCAAGGGAAAGGGGACCGUGCCCUGCGGGCUCUCCUCAUAGCUGUUCACGUGUGCCCCACAGCGUAGCUCUGGGUUGAGCCCUGCCCCUGCCCCUUCUGGGAGUGCCCAGUACCGGGCUGCCCGCUCUGUGGAAUUCUCUGCACUUUAGUCUUUGGACUGCCUGUCACGUGUGUUCUGGUUCUGCAGGGAGAAGGGGUGGCUGCUGGGAAGCAGAGCACGUGCUCUCCCUGACCCGUCCCUGCCUGGUGGCCAGCGCCCUGGCGUGAGCCUGAGGCCCCCCGGAAAGGAUCAGUGUGAAGGGGGCCAAAUCUCCCCAGCCCUGUCACCUUUUAAGAUGUGAGUGGUUUUAAAAGGGAAAAACAAAACUGAGCAACACC